CCAAAGUCUCCCCAAUAUCCUGCUAUUCAUCCCUCGCUGCUAUAUAUUUAUACUCUUGUCCCAUACAGAACUUUUAGCCUUCGCCUCUUCCCAUCUGCUUCUGUCCAUCUUCGAGCAUUUCGCCAUUGGAUCCAGUGUGUGGGGUAAGAAAGGUUAACCUUCAUUCAAAAAAAGUCCUGAAAUGCCCGUGAUAAGCAAUCCUCCAGUUGAAAAAGGCACAAAGGGAGAGGAGAGGGCAAGCUGUUCUGUGCGCUCCAGAAAGAGAAAGGCAGAUGUGGCUAUUUACUUGCAAGAUCCAGAUGAGACCUUGGAUUGCUUGGAAAUGACAAAGAAAAAACAAUAUCAAGACAGGGGACCAUGGAGCAAUGAAAUGAUAUGCAAAAGCCCCCACAAAUUGAUCCCUACACCUGAAAAAGAGGAACACGAACAAAACCCUACCAGCUACCCGCACUUUGCUUCUCUCCGGUUCAGUCCAGUCAGCGUUUCUCCUCUUCCACGUCUUGGAUGGGCGAAUCAAGAUGAUGUCUGGAGAAACAUGUUGAACAAAGACCGAACUUACCUGAGGGACAAGAAUUUUUUUCAAAAACACCCUCAGUUGCAACCUAAUAUGAGGGCUAUUCUCCUUGAUUGGCUUAUGGAAGUUUGUGAAGUGUACAAACUUCACAGAGAAACAUUUUACCUAGGACAAGAUUUCUUUGAUCGGUUUAUGGCAACUCAAAAAAAUGUAAUUAAAAGUAGACUGCAACUUAUUGGAAUCACAUCUUUGUUCAUUGCUGCUAAGCUGGAGGAAAUAUACCCUCCAAAGCUGCAUCAGUUUGCAUUUAUCACAGAUGGCGCCUGUACAGAAGAUGAGAUUACAAGUAUGGAGCUGAUAAUAAUGAAGGAUCUUGAUUGGUGCUUAAGUCCAAUGACUGUGGUUUCUUGGUUUAAUGUCUUCUUGCAAGUUGCAUAUAUAAGGGAACUGCAGCACUUCCUGCUCCCACAGUUCCCUCAGGAAGUUUAUAUACAGAUAGUGCAGCUGCUGGAUUUGUGUGUGCUUGAUAUUUGUUGCCUUGAGUAUCCAUAUGGAGUUCUUGCAGCUUCUGCCUUGUAUCAUUUUUCUUGUCCUGAACUAGUGGAAAAAGUUUCAGGGUUUAAGCUAACAGAGUUACAAGGCUGCAUAAAAUGGCUUGUUCCUUUUGCAAUGGCCAUUAAAGAUGGUGGAAAAUCUAAGUUAAAAUUUUUUAAAGGUGUUGAUAUUGAAGAUGUACACAAUAUACAGAUGCACACUGGUUGUUUGGAACUAAUGGAAAAGGUUCACAUCAACCGGGCUUUGUUAGAGGAGCAGAAUAGGGCCUCGCCAAUACCAAGUGGUGUUCUGACUCCUCCCCAGAGUAACAAGAAACAGAAAUCUGAUCCAGCAGACUAACGUUUCUCUGACUGUGAUUCCAUCACUUUUGUCUUUAAAUGGAAACUAUAAGCUUUUAUGAACUUGAGAUGCCACUUUUACACAGUGAUUUGGAAGAGAGGCUAUAGGGGGAACAUGAAAAAGAUCACAUGAUCACAAUGCUGCUAUGGAGGAUGCUUCUUGAUGGAGAUCAACUGCUCAGGGCCAAGAGAAACAACAGAUUGUCCUACCAUAUUAGGGAGACUGUAGCUGGACUUCAGAUGGGCUCAUCAAAGUGCAAUUUCUUUUUUUAAAGUAUCUGGCAUAGAUUGUUGCCAUUUUAUUUUUUUUUAACUUUAAAAUGAAUGCUGCUACAUAUCUUUUUAAUAAAGAUGCUGUCUAGAAGACAGCUGGUUUUUAAUAUUUUCAGUUUGUUUCUGAUCUGAUUUUCCAUGUUAAUAUAAACUGCAACAAAAGCAUUUAUGCUUGACUGAC